AUUGUCCACAGCAAAGACGGCUUCACUGGCUGUCGUACAACCGAGACUGAUGAGGGGAAGCGGCGUCUGCCGUAGCAGCCCGGCAACUAGGAAGCUUUCCACUCAGGCUCUCUGGUCAAACAAGGACUCCGUCGAAGCGCGGACACUUGAGGCUUUUGUUGUGUGUUUCAGCUGUUUUCCUCUACGAGCGGGGAGAACAUAGGUCUCCUGCAGCAGGAACAUGUUUGCCACCGCUACCAGGAACUUUGUGGAGGAGGUGGACCCCGGAGGCUUUCUCAUCCCGGUGUCCAGCCUGAACGACACCAUCGCUGCUCUCACGGUGGUGGUGAAGCGUAAGCGAUUCUGGUUCUGGCAGAAGCCCAGGUAUCUUCCCACUGACUUCAGCCUCAAUGACAUCCUAACGGGAGAAAAGCCCAUAAAGCCAGUUGCUUUGGAGACAGACUUCAUCAAAUAUGAAGGGAAAUACAGUGACAACAUUCAGGGAUCCUUGGAUGCAAAUUUCGUCCAGUCCAAUGCCAACAUUAAAGGUAACGAAUCCUCCAAGCUCCAGUCCUCGUUUGGCAGUUUAAAGAAAGAGGAGGUUGAUGUGCCGAGGCUGCUUGAAGACUCCAAAGACAGAGUCCUGGACAUGUCCCACUGUCUGAUCCAGCAGACAAAGGAGAAGCAAAGGCAGGUGUUUGGGAUUGUGAAGGAGCGUAUUAUAACCUCUCAGCCCAGUUCGGUCAUAGAGGAGGUGCAGCAGGCGCGACAGUGCGGAGGAGGACUGGGCUUGUGUGCACCCAGAAAGCUAAAGGUUACGUUAAAGGAGAAUGGGAGCUUGAGUAAAGACAGCAACGUUACCAUGGAGAUUCCGCCCGAUACCACUAUUGCUUAUGGCCUCUUAGAAUUAGAGGUCAAACAAGAUGGCCGCUAUGAGCUGUGUGUGUUGUCGAACAUCCCUGGAGGCUUUGAAGUAGACCACCAUGCUGUAGAUGGACCGCCGGGUGUGCGACUAAAGCAAGACUUGGAGCAACUUAGCGACCAUUUCCAGCUCCUCUCAGCACUUCCUGCUUCCACGCGAUCUUCCCUGCUCCAGCACUUUACCAACGUUUUGCAGGACCAAGGCGCUGUCAGUGCUCUUCAGAAUGCUUUGGAUCAGCUGGUCCUGAAUAAGAGACUUGAUCUGGGAGAGGUUCCAAUGACAAAGUCUCAGCGUCAGAACAUCGAGGCUAUUCUGGACCUUCUGGAACAGACUGGGCAAAUGGAAUCGGUUCAGGUUGGCCAGUCCACAUCAGUCCUCACAGCCCUUCACCUCAUUAGCAGCGCCAUGGAUGAGAUGACAAAUGAUUGCCUUGCUGUUCUGGGAAUGUGCUGCACUCCCUCUGUGCUACAGGCAAUGGAGCUGCUGGUGCACUGUGUAUCUGGGAAGAGAGAGCUGCCUCUCAGCGGCGUGGGCCUCUCUGCGUUAUCAGGGGACGUUCUCGAAAAGACUGAACAUUUGUUUACCUCCUGUAAUAUGUCCCUGACGAGAGACGCCGACACAGUGAAGGCGAAAAUAAACUGCCAGCAUGGAAAUCGUCCCCUGGUCCUGUGCAUUUCCUUGCGAGGCCUCGCCUCCUUGGCCUAGUUGUUAGAACUGAAGGCCAGAAUCCUGACACACACACUGCAAUAAGGUAACAGGGAUCACAUGUAUCACAUGGUGUUUAUCUGAACGUUAACCCUAUGAUGCAGUAAAAGGUGCUUUUAAAACACAGCUGCAUCAAAUGUAGGAUAAUAUGAAUGCACUAAUUGAGUAAUUAACCAAAUAAUGCUGGGAAUGUUGGUUAUGGUGAAACCCUUUGAGUCAGUUUGUUUAGAGCUUGGAUUUUUUAUGGCACAUUUUAUAGAUCAAAUUAUGUUGAUAAUGAAUUUGUACAAUAAAAGGUUGUUUGGUGCCACUAGGAAUAAUUUUAUAUGCUCAAAGUAAUUGAGACUACACUGAUGUAGAAAUAGUCACUUGCGUUUCUGCUGAGUGAUGAUCCUUUUAAAUUGUUUUUAAAUAAGCCCUUAAGCUAAACCGCUGCUAAUUCUAGACAAUCUUGUUCUCAAAUCAUUCUUGCUACAUGCAAUAUUUGUUGCUCAUGUGCUGUUGUCUUACUUGUCUUUGUAACACAAAGCCUCCCAUUCUGUAGGAAUCACAAGUAGAUGAGAACAAAGUGAUCUGUCUGAUAAUAAAGCAUAAGGUCCUUGAAGCAUUUAGCUUUUACAGUGGGGUUUUACUUCAGGUCGUCCUGUUUGUAUAUUUUGUUUGUACAAAAAUAAAAAAACUUGUCACAAUU